GGCAUUAAUAUCAGAAGCGCACUUUAGCCAAGUUAUUGCUAACUAUAAACUAAAAAUUCGCUAUUCAGAAUAAAAGCUAAAGCAAAGCGGUAUUAUCAUCAAAAUGCAAAAACAACAACUGAUUUGUGUUUAUUUGUCACUGAUUGUUUUGGUUUCGGCCAAAAUGGUGGUAAGUCAGGUCGUUAGGGGAGGCUUGUGUCCAUCCGACAUCCAAACUGUCCAAGAUUUCGAUGCAGAAGCGUAUUUGGGAAGAUGGUAUGAGUACUCCAAGUAUCCUUUCAUUUUUGAGGCUGGCGGUAGGUGUAUACAGGCGGAAUAUGGUGCUUUAACUAACGAUAGCGUUACAGUGCAGAACACCCAAAUAUCAAUUCU